GCUCAAGUUCAUUAUAUAGCUUGUAAAAAGAUUGAACAGAUCGCAACGAUUAAAGUAAAUGGAUCAAUCUAAAAUGAUGUAACACGUUUUGUAAAGUUAUUCUUAUGAGUAAACCGCAUAUUAGUUACAGAAAAGUGACGUCUCAUUUCGCUCCCCAUAGAAUUGAGAGAAACCGAGAAUCUGAAUCAUCUGAACCGAGUCAUUCGUAAAGUGAUUCAGUGAUUCGAAGCGCGAGAACACAAACUUUAAUGUAAUGCUAACAAACCAGCUGCAUAUGUUUUCAUGACAAAGAAAAAAACUCCUGCUGAAUCAACUGAGGUCCACAUGACACACAAUUUUAAAGAUGUCGUUUAUUAAAGUAGAGAGUGAAGACUUGAAGAUUGAAGAAACAUUCAGAGUCAAACAUGAAGAUACUGAGGAACAAACAGAUCUGAUCGCACUGAAAGAGGAGAUUCAAGAAUUGAAUGAAACAGAAGAGAAAGAUCAGUAUGAGAAACAUGAUUUCAAAACGGAAGAAAAAUCAAUUAGUUGCUCACAGAUGUCCCCACCAGAAAAAGCUCAAAAAACACAAAACCCAAACCUUAGACCUUGCACCUGCCAACAGUGUGGAGAAAUUUUCAUUAACAAAGAAAGCCUUGAAGUCCACAUGAAAAUUCACAUGGAAAAGAAGCCAUUAAUAUGCCCUCAGUGUGGAAAAUGUUUUGCACGGAAAAAUCACCUUAAUGACCACGUGAGAACUCACACUGGAGAGAAACCUUACACCUGCGAACAGUGUGGAAAGAGUUUCACAAGUAAAGGAAACCUUAAUUCCCACAUGAGAAUUCACACUGGAGAAAGACCAUUUACCUGCCAACAGUGUGGAAAAACGUUCAGUCGGAAAGAAAGCCUUGAAGUCCACAUGAAAAUUCACGUUGAUAAGAAGCCAUUAAUAUGUCCUCAGUGUGGAAAGUGUUGUACAUGGAAAAGUCAACUCGAUUCCCACAUGAGAAUUCACACUGGAGAGAAACCCUUCACCUGCGAACAGUGUGGAAAGUGUUUUACACAAAAAACACAACUUAAUGCCCACAUGAAAAUUCACACUGGAGAGAAACCUUUCCCCUGCAAACAGUGUGGGAAGAGCUACAGACAUAAUGUAAACCUUAAUAAUCACAUGAAGUUUCACUCGAGACCAAUCUUUAACUGUUAUCAGUGCGAGAGAAGUUUCACAGACGUGAAUGAACUCAAGAAUCAUGUAAUGGUUCACACCAGAGACGACUCCUUCAUGUGCCAUCACUGUGGAAAGAGUUUCUCAAGAAAAGAUAUCCUCAAUAUUCACCUGAGAGUUCACACUGGAGAGAAACCUUUCCCCUGCCAACAGUGUGGAAAGAGCUUCACUGCUAGAGGAAACCUUGCAACUCACAUGAGAGUUCACACUGGAGAGAAACCGUACAAGUGUCCUCGCUGUGAGAAGAGUUUCACAUAUAAAAACAGCAUGAAACUGCAUUUGCAAACUCAUUCUGGGAAGAAAUCAUUUUCCCCAGAGUGACGAGGUUUAGAAAAGGGGGUGAUUUCUAUAAACUUCUGCACAUUCUUUCUGAAAGACAAUUUAAUUGUGAAAAGUAUUUCAUAUCAAUAUGACAUGAAUGUUAAAAUAUUUUGAGGUUGAAGUCAUAGCAAAGCCAGUGUAUUGAAAAAAGCAUGAAAAAAAAAAUGAUAAUGUGAAAGCUCAACCAACUACACUGCAAAACAAUUAAUAAAUAUCUGUGGCGUCCAUCCUUUCAUUCUUCACAUAUAUUGAAAACCGCAAUAAAAUGUUCUACAAGU